UUGGAGAGGCAGGAUCGCCGGAGCGCAGCGGCACGACUCCCUGCAUCCACAGGUUGGCUGCGCGGAUCUCUCCACCUCCUCCGAGCGUCUUGGCAACCCCGGACCCGAGAGUAUAGACACUCGGUGGAGGUGAACUGACACGCGUUUGGCUCGAACCAGUUGGAUCGUGCAGAUGCGCACGGGCAAAGCUGUCAAAUCCACAACCGUGAAACGACUCGACUCCAGAGUUCUAGGCCGAUUGUGAUUGUACUGCGCAGGACUUUCCCCCCUCCUUGUGAGAAUACAUCUUCACGUUUCUUCUGAGGACAGUGCGUUUUUUGGGGGUUUUUUUGGCGCAGACCACCAUGCCACAGGUCUCUCGCUGCGACGGCGCCGCGCUGACGAGGGCGACAUGAUGGCAUGUAGGAGCGGCGGCUGCUGCGGCUCGGGUCCCAUCAACGAGGACAACGCGAGGUUCCUGCUGCUGGCGCUGUUCAUCGUCAUCUACCUCUUCUGCGGGGCCGCGGUCUUCUCCGCGCUGGAGCAGCCGAAGGAGCGCGAGGCGAAGGAGCGCUGGGCGCACAGGUUCGAGCUCUUCAGCCAAAAGUACAACCUGAGCAGGAAGGACCUGCACAACUUCCUCCGGAGCUACGAGGAGGCGAACGUGGCCGGCAUCCGCGUGGACACAGUCAGACCUCGGUGGGACUUCACCGGCGCGUUUUACUUCGUGGGAACUGUGGUGUCGACCAUCGGGUUUGGGAUGACCACUCCUGCCACCGUCGGGGGAAAAGUCUUCCUGAUGUUCUACGGCCUGCUCGGCUGUGCCGCCACCCUCCUCUUCUUCAACCUCUUCCUAGAGCGCGUCAUCACCGUCAUCGCUGUUGUCCUCAAGUCCUGCCACGAACUGCGCCACAGCAAGGCCGUGCUCCCGCAAAAUGGCCGGCGAGUCUCUGAGGAAAACCGGCCAGCUGUGGCCGCGGGAGGCGGCCGAGGACGAGGUGAGGACCUGGCUGGCUGGAAGCCCUCGGUCUACUGCGUCAUGGUCAUCCUAGGAGUGGCGGCCAUCUUGGUGUCCUGCUGCGCCUCGUUCAUGUACUCAGCAGCGGAGGGUUGGGGCUACCUGGACUCGCUCUACUUCUGUUUUGUGGCAUUCAGCACCAUUGGCUUUGGAGAUAUGGUGAGCAGCCAGCGGGUGGUCUAUGAUGGCCAUGCGUCAGUGGCUUACCAGAUGGGCAACUUCUUCUUCAUCUUAACCGGCGUCUGCUGCAUCUACUCUCUCUUCAACGUCAUCUCAAUCGUCAUCAAGCAGGUGCUCAACUGGUUGCUGAGGCGGCUGGAAGCCCCCUGCCGCUGCUGUCACCCCAGGAGGGGUCACCACCCGCACCGGCACCCCCGACGGAACGUGGUGGCCCCAGGGCACCUGCGCACCCGCAGAGACCCCUCCAUCGAGACCGACGCCAUGAACGAGAGCGAGACCGACGCUGGGCGCAGGAUGUCUGGGGAGAUGAUCUCCAUGAGGGACUUCUUAGCGGCCAACAAGGUUAACCUGGCUAUUAUGCAGAAGCAGCUAUCGGAGAUGGCCAUCGGGCACCCGCGCCAGUCGAGCUCCAGCUCGCGUCAGAACGGCUUCUCAGGAGGGGUGGGCGCCCUUGGCAUCAUGAACAACCGGUUGGCAGAGACCAGUGUGGACAGAUAGAGGAAUCUUCAAAAGGAUAUCUUUCAGAAGGAUACAAAAGGCUGAGAGAAUGAGGCCAGUAAGCACAAGCAGACACUGUGGACUGCCUUCCCGAAGGAAAAAAACAAACAAACAUAGACUGAAUUAAUGACUACAAAAUAUAUCCUGCCCAUCGACAAGCCGGCUGACCCCCAGCAGCUACAGUGUAGAAUGAAUCCAUCUCAGCCCACUUCCUCCGUAAAGAACGUGUCUACAUGAAUGAUGCAUGAUAGGUUUGCUGGAGUCUCACAUCUGGAUUAGGCUCAGAGUGCUGGAACGUUCCCCCCGCGAGGAAUUCAGUUUCCAUGGUGAUAAAAAAAAAGCCUGUCCAGAGCCCAUGUAUGCACGCUUCAAAGACCUGAAGCACACUACAUGCUACUCCUCGCCGAACCACAACUUCCACUCAUCUGCAGUACUUUACAACACCCACUGAGACUCUACCUGUGUCCGCGUCGUCUGAUCUGUCUCUGGAAGCGACAUUCACGACAGAACAAUGGCUUUAAUAAAAUGGGUGUUGCCUGGUUUUUGUGACUAACGGCAGUUGUAACAUAAACACACCGUUUCAUGUCGGAAAUGAAAGAAAGAUUGAUUGAAGAUUGCCUGAUUCGCGACUAAUUAAAUGUCUACUUUCGAAGCUUGAAUACAUGUUUUUACAUUCAGACAAUCAAUGACUCUCCCAUUCACAUCAUUCAUGGUUCAGACGAAUGUUUCACCACCACAUUAUAUCCCUCUAUGCUCCUCUGCUUUCAUCCACUAUCACGACAAACAAAGGACAAAACCCCCGGAAGCAAUCUCAUCACAGUCCAAGCAGACUUAUUAUAGCUGAAUGAGCAAUGGUGCGAGUCUGAGAUGAGACCUAUUAUGUGAAACUGCCGUUUACUUAGGUUUGCUUCGAUGCACAUUAUCGUAACGCAGUUGCAGACAGGUUCCUGAUGCUGUGUGGGCCUAGAGGCGGUCGGUAUUGGUACUGUAUAAAGGCAGAGAAACAAAUAUCUCCAGGUCUCGUUACUAGAUUUUAGCUCAGCCGCGUUGGUUUUAUGUUUUGUCCCCCCCCCCCCCGUUGUCUGGAUUCACAGCAAGCACAGUAAACACAAAGGACAAGAAACAGGAAAAGGAGAUUGUUAAUACCAUGCCUGUGGAGUGAUUGACUUCAGUGAAUGCUGCAAACACCCAGGAGCAAGAAGGACUUGUGGACACUACAUUAUGCUUGAUUUAGAGAGAUGAUAUAGUCCCCGCCAUGCACUCUGUAAAUGCAUCCGAGAGGUUGCUGUAAUCACGGACUGAGAAUCCUCCAGGUUCCACCUCUGAUGUCGUCGGCUGAGCUUCACAUCAGUACCUCCUUUGGAGUGGUCUUGUUAAAAUGACAACCUGACAAAACUGCAAAUGAAGAAUGUGUUCUAAUCAUAUCUGUACAGAGUCACCAUGCCCUUUUCUUAUUUUUUAGAGUGAUAUGUAAUGAAUAUUGUGUUGAUUGAGUAAUUUGCUGCAAAAUCGGUUCAGUUCACAUCAUAAACUGCGAAGAAGGAGGCGAGAUGCAGAUGGCUCACAGCAUUAAUUAAACAUAUGCUGAGUAAAAGAAAGAAAUGUGUUGUCUUCUAAUCCCCCGCCCCCACAAUGCAAAUGUCCAAUCAUUGCAUAGCAACUGUAACUGGCAAGGCAACCCCGUCAGGCCUUGGAAGAACAUGUGGAGAAAUCCACAUGUUUUUUGGAGUGUAAUGGAUGGUGCAUUACCAUAGAUUUUCCACAAAUCCAAAUCACAGAAAUGAAAUUUCUUAGAGUAUUAAACUGUGUGUUUUUGUACUGUAAUGUAAGACGCCGUUGUCAGCGUGUCUAUGUUAUUAGCUUACUACCUACAGUAACUCAGUAGCAGUGAUGCUGAUUUAACAUGUACGGAAAAUUGUGUCCAGCCAUUUCGGGUCAGUCGCGUUCAAAACAGCAGGAACAUUUCCGGAACAUUUCUGCAACAUUUGCGGACAUUUGCGUUCUCGCAUGCAGCCCCUCCGGAGAAGUUCAGGAAAAUGUUCGGACUUCAGUGCAUGUCUGAAAGCAGCAUAACAGUGGUAACAGACAAGGCCAAUGAACUCAUCAUAAGCACUGACUAGCGCGGGCAGUUCCACCAUAUAGAAAGCCAAUAUUGGAUGUUAUCAGAGUUUAGGCCUACAUUAGCAGUCUUGCUCUUUAUUGGAUUUGGGCAAGUUUACUCCAACAACCUCAGCCUUGAAUGCAGCUUCCUCUAAUUCCUUAUGUAAUCCUGUUUCUCUUCCAAGUUUAAGUCAUGACACAAGAUACAAAAUUCAUGUAAGAGCUUGCAUGACUUGAUGUAUUUAACCUCCAUGUCAAAAUGUUCAGUCUCAUCAGUACCAACUGUGAGAUGUCAACAAUAUUAUCAGCAUGUCAGUUGACUGACAGUCGAGAAGCAGAAAAUAACACGGACAUGAGCAAAUCCCUAAAAACUGAAGUCCAAUAUCUUACAGAGAAUAAUGAAACAGACCAAUAUACCUUGUAUUGAACAGCCUCCACUCUUUGCUAUGGAGACAAUCUCACGCUCGGACAGAUAAUCUGACACACAAACUGGAAAGACGUUGCCUUGCCAAUGCUCAUGCCAACACGUACACACACACACACACACGUGUGUGUGUAUGUGUGUGUGUGUGUGUGUGUGUACGUGUUUGCACACACACACAAGCUUAAUAGAGAAGCAGAGAACAUGUCAUAGAAGCUGUGCCUACACAGAUAAUAAUAGCUUUGAAAAAAUGAUUGUGUGUUCAUGUCUGUUUUUCUGUGCUAAUACAGUACGUGUGUGUGUUAGAGAUGAGACUCGGACUGAUGCAGAAGUACAAAGACUUUUUGUUAAAGCUCUCUUCUGAGUCACAACAACUCCCAGAGAACUACUGACACCGCUGUUGGAUCUGCUGGUUAGAAACAAUCUGAAGCGUACUCCAAUGGAACCAUCACAAAGCAUUUUUUAGAAUGAAAUACUAUUGAUUUGUUUUCCUUAUUCUGUUUUUUUUUCCAAAAGCAACAACUAUUGUUGCAACAAUAUAUUUCAUAUUCAUUAGAAUAAAACGUAUAUAUUAUUUAUAUUAUACAGUGCAUUAUGCAGGCAAUGCUAUACUUGUAUACAAAAAAUCACCCAUUAGACAGUAUUCACUGGAUUUGAGUCCUGUUAAGAUCAGUGGUUGUCAAACAACAGCUUUACAUAUAUACAGUCCUGUCCCACCAGAGGGAUUAGCUACACAAACAGUGACACCCCUUCACAAUGAGUUAAUUACCUUAAUGAAUUAAUUAGGAUGGGAGGAAUGCAUUGUCAGUGUUGUGUGCAUAAUUAUUGAUUUAUCAUGUGCACGAGUAUGACAGGGGAGGUUAAAUCGCAAACGAGCCAAUUAAGCAGUCUGUGCGAAAACCAAGGCUGUGAGACCCAGAUGGCACGCGGUGCACGUCAAACGAAUAUGCGAGCCAAGAUACUGCUUUUUGUCAGAAAUAAAAAUUUAUAAAAGACAGCAUUGUGUCUGCAGCU